UUGAACAAAAAAAAAGUGAAAGAAAAUGGUAUUUUUCAAUUUCCGAGGACGUUGCCAAAAACAACGACGACGACAGCGUUUUAUUUUACUCUAUUCAUAUGGUUGGCUAAAAGUCGUUACGAUUUUAUUUUUUCUUCUCGUUUCAUUAUACAUUGUUGUUGAUAUUUUUCUAAUCAGCAAUAAUUUGUUUGAAUUAGUACCGUCAAAAACCAUCAUCAAGAAUCUUGAAGAUCUAAAUGAAGAAAAAAAUUCAUUUGACAAAAAUUUGGUUGAUGUUGUCUACACAUGGGUGAAUGGAAGCGAUCCAGAAUUGUUUUAUUCAUUGUACAAUACAACAAAUCAAUUAUUUAUUAAUGAAUUGUCUCAAUCAUGUACAGCUCCAGUUUGUGAUCAUCAUUCAUGUGUUCAGUUGCCUAUCGUAAUUGUUCGACCUAAGCUGACCCGACCGAAAAAAUAUCUAACAAAUGUCAUUAGAUUUGAACAUGACAAUGCUUCAUUGGCCAACUAUACAAUAUUGUUUUUUUCUCAUUUAAAAUUCGUUCGAGAAUUCGAUUCCGAUUGUAUUCGUCUUAUCGAUGGAACAAUUUAUAAAUUUUCAGCAACAUUUCUGUCCACAAAUGACCAGAAUAAACAAAGCGAAGCGAUAAUCAAAUUGGAUUCAUUGUUAAUGCUCAGAACCAAAAUAACUUUUGAUAAUCCAGCCAAUGACCCAUUAUUCAAACAUAUCGAUCAAACCCAGAGAUCUGAUUUCCAAUUUAUUAAUCUAAGUCUCAAUCAAAAUGAAUCGAAUAUUUACUUAUAUGCAAAAUUGAAUCCAAAAAUCAACAUAACAAAUUUAACUACUAAGCUUAAAUCUUUGACAAAUUUUGAAAUAGAUUAUCCUAUCAAACUGCAAAUUGCAGAUCGUUUGUUUUUCGAACAUCAAUUGGAAAGAAACGAAAAUAUUUCAAAGAAUAGAUUUUUUGACAAUGAUGAAUUGAAAUAUUCUCUACGUUCAUUACAUCAAUACGCUCCAUGGAUCCGUUACAUUUAUAUUGUGACCAAUGGACAAAUUCCUAGAUGGCUGAAUUUGGAACACCCCAAAAUACGAAUAAUAACGCAUCAAGAGAUUUUCGUGAAUCAGAGUCAUUUGCCAACAUUCAGCUCAUCAGCAAUCGAAUCUCAUAUACAUCGAAUCAAAAAUUUAUCAAAAUAUUUUCUCUAUUUCAAUGAUGAUAUAAUAUUGGGCAAACCAAUCUAUUUGGAUGAUUUUUAUACGAAAAGCAGAGGCUUUCGCAUCUAUCUAUCAUGGCCAGUACCAAAUUGUGCAAGCGGUUGUCCCCUAAAUUGGCUAAACGAUGGUUUCUGUGACAAAGCUUGCAAUUCAUCACGAUGUCUUUGGGAUGGUGGCGAUUGCUUGAACAAUACAAUACCAACAAACACACAGGCAAACAAUUCCGAUAUCAGUCAAAAAUCAAAUGUUCAUCCAUUCUAUUGUGCUUCGAAUUGCCUAACUAAUUGGUUGGGAGAUUCUUCUUGUGAUCAAGUCUGUAAUAAUACCAAUUGUGCAUUCGAUAUGGCCGAUUGUGGUGUGGAACAUUUUCAACAGUUUUAUCAAAUAAUGAUUGAGAUGGAAAAAUAUGAAUAUCAUUAUCCAUCCGAUGCCAGUAUAAUUUAUUUGAAUUUCACUAAACUUAAUGACUAUCGCCAUGAUGGUCGAUCAUUUCCCAUAAAGAUUAUCGAUGCAAGUUAUAAUGUAUCAUUUAUACAUAGCGCCGUUUUGAAUGAACGCCAUCAAAUUUUGGCAUUAAUGUUUGAACAGAAUAAAAUAAAAACCGACCUGAAUCUAAACAUAACGGGAUCAUUUCGAAAAAAGAUUUUCAAUUUCAACAUUUUUAUUCAUCUCGGUAGUGUAGCAACGAAAUCGCUAAUAAAUUAUACAUCGUCACCAUCGUCUUUCAAUUUAAGUUUAGUGAUUAAUGAGGAAAAAUUACGAUAUUCAAAGAUUAUUGAGGAGAAAAAACAUCGUAUCUAUGCUAAACACUAUUCAACCGUAUCGUGUGAUAAUGAUUUCAAAGAUAUUUCAGAUGAAAUCAAGAUGAAAUUCCAUAAAAUCAACAAUCAAUUAGGAGUUGAUUCUGAUCAAAAAAAAUUUUAUUCCAAAGUAAAAAACUUAUAUCAUCAAUUAAUAUGUGAUAUGAAUUUAAAUUUGGAAAAAAUGAGAGAAAAAUUAUCCGAUUAUUUUCAAGAUGAAUUUGUCCGAUUUAGAUCUAGAAAACUUAUGGAUGCCUAUGCUGAUUCAUUGAUAUAUGUGAAUCAUCUUUAUAAUAAAAAAUUCGGGAUCGAAGUUCGAAAAGUUCCCGCUCAUAUGGCACAUUUUAUGGAUCGAGAUAUAAUGUUCCGAUUACAUGAUCGUUUUCAGAACGAGUUUGAAAAAACUUCAUCACACAAGAUUCGUAACAGUUUUGAUAUGCAAUUAGCAUUUUCAUAUUAUUAUUUUCUUAUGAGUGAAACAAAAGAUGUGGCUUUUGAGAAAAUCAUUGCCAACUAUGAUAUCGAUCAUUCCCGGAGUUUGAAUCGAAACGAGCUACAAACAUUGGCCCUUCAUCUUUAUCAUAAGAAUAAUGCUUCGUAUGAACUACAGAAUCAUUUGAAAGAAUGCUGUACCAGCUGUGAUUCGAUCAAUGAUACACGAUCAAUGGUAAUAUAA